UACGUCACAUCAUAUUUGGGUCCAGUGACAGUAGGGCGGUCCACGCUUACCCUGAAGGCAACAUGAAGUUUGACGAAAUUCUAACUCAUCUUGGAGACUUUGGGUGGUAUCAAAAGAGACUUUACUUUUUAAUAUGCAUACCAUCGUUCAUGGGCGCUAUGCAAGCACUUUCAGUAUUGUUUCAGUUGGAUAUUCCCGACCACAGGUGUUCCCUGGGACCGAACGACACCUAUCAGGUGCAGGGUGCGCAUCACUCAUCCCUCAUCAACAUGUCCAUCCCCUGGGAGACCGACAGAGACAAACAGGUGCUCUCCUCCUGCCAAAUAUACCAGCACCCUCAAAACGGCAGCCACUCCAACAACCUGACAACACCGUGCAGCUCAUGGGUGUUUGAUCGGUCGACGUAUGAAUCAACACUAAUCGAGAAGUUCAGCAUAGUCUGUGAAGACAGUAUACUGAGGUCUCACGCCAACAUGGCGGCAUUCGCAGGGCAGAUGGCUGGGACCCUCGUUAUGGGACUAUUAUCGGACAUAUUUGGGCGCCGACCCGUCUUCAUGUUGAAUGCUUUAAGCGUGGCGAUUCUGAGCAUCAGCACUGCGUACGCCCCCAACGUAUACGUGUUCAUGGUGCUCAGAGCGCUGUCGAAUAUGACGAGGAUUGCUUGUUUCACAAGUUCAUUCGUUUUGGCUAUGGAGUUGACGGGACCUUCCAGAAGAGUGUUUGUGGGAAUUAUCGUGGAGUUUUACUGGUGCAUUGGUCUAUUUGCCUUGGGUCUUAUCGCCUACUUUGUCCGAAACUGGCAAACACUCCAGCUUAUCAUCGCUAGCCCCACUGCUCUCUACUUUUUGUAUUAUUGGAUACUUCCCGAAUCUCCAAGAUGGCUGAUAUCACGUGGUCGCAUACCGGAAGCUCAAGCAAUUAUAAAGAAGGUGGCGUCUGUUAAUGGCGUUACACUUCCGGACGGGAUGUUGGAGAAAAUAACCAUAGACGAUGACAAGAAGGCCGUCAAGGUGACACAGAUGUUCACGACGCCGUAUCUGCUGUUCAUCACACUCGUGAUCUUCUACAACUGGUUUGUUGUCAGUAUGGUUUACUAUGGUCUGGGCUUGAACGUCCAGAACCUCAGCGGCGACAUCUACCUCAACUUCACCAUUGCUAACAUCGUGGAGCUCGUGUCGUACAUCAUGUGUAUAUCCCUGCUGGACAUACUCGGAAGGAAGUUUCUACAAUGUGGUUGCAUGCUCGUGGGCGGGAUUGCUUGUGUGGCAACACUGUUCCCGGUCAUCUAUGGAGAUUCGUCACUAGACUGGGUGACAGUCGCUUUAUCCAUGAUCGGUAAGUUCGGAGCCUCUGGAUCAUUUGCCAUCGUGUACGUAUACACGGCUGAGCUGUUUCCUACCAUGGUGCGAAACUCUGGAGUCGGGGUCAGUUCCUUUUGUGCAAGGAUUGGAGGGAUGGCCUCCCCUUACAUUGCAGAUUUGGGUGUAUUAAUUGGCGGUGACCUGAAGGUGGCGCUACCUCUCAUCGUGUUUGGAGGUCUAUCCAUUGCCGCGGGUGUGCUGGCUCUGUUCCUCCCAGAGACACUAAAAAGAAGACUUCCAGAGACAAUAGAGGAUGCAAAGAAUAUGCGAAAAGCAAGAAAGACAAACUACACGCUGGACACAAUCCCCGAGAAAUCGAACUCCUCAGAUGUCAAACUGGAAAAAUUCAAAUCAAGUGAAGCCAGAUUUUAGGAUCACAUGUAUCAUUAUCAUGUAUUUCAGUCAAGUUCAAGAUUGAAUCGAUUUGAUUUUUUCAUUGCUUCUCAGUGUACACUUCUUUUACUGUAUAUUUCAAACAGAAAACAUCAUUACAUGCAUUAGCUACGGUCAUCACAUUAUAUAUAACUACUAGUAUGUUGUGUGCGUAAUCAGUUUCUAAAUAAUCGGUAUGGUUAUAUGUUAGCGACAAAUGAUUGCAUUGGUGUCCAGUCAGUUGACAGAAGAAUGACCUUCUGACGACGGUAUUUUAUUCUCUGGCUGCAUCAGUUGUUAGGCUCAGGUGAUGAUACAUUUGUAAUAUGGAAUAAAAUAUAUGAAACGUG